UAAAUGGCUCUGGACCUCUAAUAUUCAGUGCUAAUACCUCGGGCAACAUCAUGAAUAAACUAGUGACUUUGUAUGCUGUCUUGUUGGGGGCAGCCUGCCAUCUCGCCCAGACGUACGACUUUCAGGAUGCCACCUUUAAUGAAAUAUUGUCUUCGGAUUUCGAGGAUAUCUUCGAUUCUCUGGAUAACACCUACCUUCAUCCAAGAGCAAAACGUAACGAAGAAGCUGUGAAUUCCGAUGAAAAAUGUAGACGACGUCAUCACCGCAAGCCAAAACUUUGUUGUGGUGAAGACGUUUUGGACUCUCUCCAGGAAAAAGAAAAGGAGAUUGUUAGACUCUGCUUUAAAGAUAUUACUGGAGGUGUUAAGGAAAGCAAACCUGAUCGAGGUUUUGGAAAUCACCGGAAUUUUGACCUGUUCAGUUGUGAAGCUGUGGAAAAGAGGAAAAGCGAUAUGAUUUGCGUGGAGCAGUGCAAGCUGCAGAAACAAGGACUGGUCUCUGACGAUGGAUCACCAAAACCGGAACAAAUUUCCACCUACCUCAAAGAAGCAUUCACGACACAAACCUGGUUUGAAAAAGUUUCACAGGGAAUUGUAGAGAAAUGUGUCAACGAAGCCAUAAAUGCAACAAAAAAUCCAGUAAAGUUCUACACUGAGGGCAAUAAACUUUGUAGCCGUUCCGGCAUUGUUCUGAAACACUGCUUAUUUAACUCAAUCCAACUGAGUUGCCCUGCUGGUCAAAUUAAGGAUAAAAAUGCUUGCGAACGAUUCCAAGAGAGAGCCAAGAAGGGCAAGGAUUUAUUUGAUCAACCCCCUGGACCGCCACCAUUCGAUGAUAACAGAGAAGAACAAAUAUAACCUAUUUGGGAUAGCAUUUAUAGGCCUUAAGGUUUAUUACCUCAACUUAAACAGGGUUAUAGAAAUAUGAUGGAAACCUAAUCUUAAGUCACUAAUAAAUCAGAUAAUAAACAUCUUUUCCGUUGUAAUAGUUUGCACUUGGCAUUGUAGUGCAAAAAAAACGUACAUAAGUAAAAUUUACCUUCAUUUCAGUUUAUAUUCCUAAAAUGUUUCCUAUUUGUAACUACAUGGUAUUAACUUUAAGUGAUAUGGAAAUAGUAUUGAAUAAAUAACAAAUUUCAUAUAUUGAAAUUAGGAAGUAAGUAAGUGAA